AUGGCGAGGACUACAGCUCUGUGUCUCCUGGUUGUGCUUAUAUUCUUCCAAUGUGCAGGAUGUUGGGAAGCGCCCUGGUUUUGUCAUGGUCGUGAAUGUCCGAAGUACACUGUCGUACAUGAAUAUGAGGGAUUUGAGGAGCGCAUCUACGACACCAGUCAUUGGAUCACGAGUGAUGUUGCGAGCACCAAAAGAGAGGACCUAAACGUUGGAUUUUGGAAACUCUAUUAUUUCAAUCAAGUGGAAAACAAGGAGAAUAAAGAAAUUCCUAUGACCAGGCCUGUAGUGGUGUCAGUGAAGGAGGCUGAUUCAAUGGGGGAGAGACAAGUGUCUAUUUCAGUCUUUCAGCCAGAUAAAAUCAUUCCUGAACCCAAUGAUGAGACCAUAAAACAAAUAGUAAUACCAGGCCGAACAGUCUAUGUCAGGUCAUUUGGUGGGAUAGCAUCAGAUGUUGAUGCCAUAGACAAUUUGCAGAAACUUAAAGCAGACCUCAAGGUUGCAGGAAUGCAGUUUAAUGAAAACAAGUUUGAUGUAGCUGGUUACGAUGCACCGUGGGACUUGAUCAACAGACACAAUGAAGUUUGGGUCCAAGCCCUCUGAGCACUUGUAGCUCAAUUUCCUCAUUCUCGCUGUACUGUGUAGCCUCUUUUGCACUAUAUUAAAUGUUUACUUGCAUAUCUGAUGAAGAAAUCUUAAUUUUUAGUUGUAAUCAUAUUAACUGGUUUUAGGAAUUCAGUCACACAAUAACAUACAUUAAUCAACAGUAGGUUUAGAUUACACUUAAAAAUAUACUAAAACCUUUCAUAUUCAGGGCUGAAAAUGGGGGUGGACACGGGGGAAUGGAGUUCCCAGAGUGAAUUUUGUGGGGGAAUGGUGUUCCCGUUCAAACUGGCUAUUUUGGGGAAUGUAGUGUAAUUCUAUAUUUUCUUUGCUCAGAAUAUCAUCCACAAGUACAUAAGUGUAUGUGUAAGUUAAUGCACAAAUAAAUGCUGAGAGGUU